GCGUUCCAUCAUGUUCGUUGGUGAAAUGGUGAUGCCUGUAAGUCGUCCGAGAGAAGGGCACGUACGAGGGAGUUGAUACCUUUGAAGGGGUCAAGUUCGUUUUGAUGAUGGGUAUGAGAGAGAGAUUGAGAGAGAGAGGGAGAGAGGGGGGAGGGGAAGGGUCGGUAGCUUAGGGACCUGAUUACGUGAAAAGUCGAACACACACACACACAGGGAGAGCGAGCGAGCGGUGGAGGAUGGGGACACCACGAGGAAGCGCGAGAUCGAAGCGCACAAGUCGAACGAACGAGAAGGCCGUCGAGCACAACGUACGAACGUUGUUUGUGUAACAACUACUCGUGAUCUCGAUAUGCAUUCAAAUCGACGUUUUGACACGGAUAUGAAAUAUACACAAUAAACGAAACAGUCCACUAUGGAACCUCGGGCUGUCGAGCUGUUUGAAGGAGAUUCGGCGGCGCACUUGAAGAUCACCUCGCCCGCGAUUAGGGUGGCCUUCAAUAAGGUGAUGGGGAAGUGGGCAUUUGGGUCUCAGGAACACAAGAACAUUGCUGCUCAGCUAUGUCGUGACGUCCAGUAUGAAUACAAGUCCCGGCACAAGAUUGAUCUGAGGAUUGAGGGGAUGGAAUGGAGAGGCGUAGUGCCCCACGUAGUCCUGUCCGGCUCGAACCCCGACAAGAACAAGGCGUAUUUCUAUCGCAACAUCCACGGAUUCUUCGCGUAUGCCCCUUAUCCCUACCCCAACCCGCACAUCACCUAUGACGUCGAGAUCGCAAUGGCGGAUACGGCACUAGGGCAGAUUCAGGACCUGUUUGCCCGAUACGCAACUCCAUUGCCUAUCAAGUUCGGGAAGGUGGAGAAGACGAAAUACAACGUCGUGAUCAGAUUCCUAGGGAUCUGUAGUGAUAGCGGCGCGAGAGUAAUUGGUCUCACGGAAUUCCAGAGGAAGCGACGGGAGCAGGUCAAGUCCCUCUUAAUACAGGUAGGUAGAUGGAGCACGCGCCUUAGCAAAUCACUAACAAACGUGUUUCAUCUGGGCGCGAACCUCACUGUACAGGGCGGAUACAAGAAUCGGUUCGAGAUCAAAGAAGAGCCUAAGCCUGUCGAAAAGGUCUUCGGCUCGCCUGAGGCCGUCGGCUCCUUCAGGUCGUAUUCACGCAAGGACAUCAUGGCGACCGACUGCUUCAAGGCGUCUGCACCCAAGGCGUCGACUUCCUCGGCAUCGCCUGCUGUGUCGAAGUCUUCGAGGGUGAUGGGGACGCUCAGCGACUUGACCCACCGAAUGUCAAACGUGCUUGACAAGAAGAAGGAAUCGGUCAAGAUGAAACGGGUCCGAGAGACGAGUUCGCAGAGCGCCCAGACGGAGAGACCUUUGGCCAAGAGCAAGAGGACCGCGUCCGACGCCCCUGUUUCAGAGACCUCCGUCGCCGCCUCGACUUCGACGACGUCUAUCCCGGUUCUCAGCUCGACUUUCACUGCGCCUGUCCCCGCCGCCUCGACUUCGACGACGUCUUUCCCGGUUCUCAGCUCGACUUCGAUGGCGCCUGUCCCUGUCGCCCCUGUCGCUGUCGCCGCCUCGACUUCGCCGACGACGUCUAUUCCGGUUAUCAGCCCGACUUCGACUGCGCCUGUCCCUGUCGCCCCUGUCGCUGUCGCUGCCUCGACUGCGAUUACAGCCCUCCCGGUGCCCAGCUCGACUUCGACCGCGCAAGCCCGCAUUGUUCAGAUCAACUUCACCAUCAUGCAGUACCGAGGGAGGAUUGCGGGAUUGGAGGCUGAACGCGAGAUGUUGGAAAACAUGUUGUGAGAUCAACUUGAUCAUCAUGCAGCACCGAGGGAGGAUUGCGGGAUCGGAGGGUGACGGAGGCUGAACGCAAGAUACUGGAAGAUAUGUUGUGAUUGGGAAGGCUGAUGUAUAGAUACAGUGGCAAUCCAUGGCUACUCGUCAUCAUCGAGAUCGCUCAUGUCUUCUAGUCCGUCCUCAUCUUCAUCUUCAUCGUCUGACCCCCUCGCUUCGCCUUUAACGGGUACUUUCCUCAAUCCAGCGAGACGUCGGUCUCGUUCUCUUUCCUCUCCGCGCAAUUUUCG